AUGGAACUGGAGACUCUGACUUGCCAAUGCUCGCUCUGCCAAAAGAAGUCGUUCUUCAUGACGUCCUGCCCUAAGGUUAAAACAACAAGAUUGGUCAUCAUGAUCCUCCAAGCACUGAAACAACUGAAGCCAGAUGUCGUCUUCUAUUCACUCACAAAAGACAUAUUGCCCUUCGUCUCGAAACACAUGAAACUGCUCGCCAAUCUGAAGAUAUUUAAGACUGGAAAAUGGAGAAAGUCUAUGUUGGACGCACUUAACCACUCCUCGCACGUCGAGUCGGGAAGAGAAGCUUGCCAUAAUAGAGGAUUUUAUAGGCUUAAAGAAUCAAACGAAAGCUCGAACUCGGCCUCUUCAGUUUCGACCGAGGCGGUACAACAAAACUCGCCCCAACCAAGUGAAGUUCCUUUAUUGGACACACUGACGGAACUCCAACUCCAAAUGAUCAAUACUCUCAAUGUGUUAGCCUCGCUGCCUGCACCAAAAGAGGGCGACCUUAAUGCUUAUUGUUUCUACGCGAACUGUAUCAACCAACUUAACUAUUCAAGAGCAUUCGCUUCUACAUUAUGUUAA